GGGUCCACGCGCGCCAGCAUUGCUCGUAGCGUUUAGGUGCUGAAUGCCAGCGCGCGCCUGAGGCCUCGCAACGCUCGCGCUCUUGCGUGGCUGCAGUUAAACGGUUCUGGCGUUGAGCGCCGUAUCCCUUCUCUUAAAUUGGAGAGCGUCGAAGUUACGAGCUUUUUUUAAAAAAAAAAGCACACAUAAAGCAAGCAAGCAUAAAUUUAUUGAAGUGUCCCGAGUGAGAAAUUAUGACGUGUUAUGGCUCUCCUUUUUUUUUUUUUCCUGUCAGUGGUCUUCAGUGUAAUAAACUAAAGAGAAAUUGCUGUAAUGCCUGAAGCAUCUUCCCUUUUUACCAUUGGAGGUAUUAAAAAACGUGUGAUGGAGAAGAAGAAUGGAGCUCUAAAAGUUACAAAGCUGAAUGCUUCUCUUGCAUUUAAAGUCAAAACCAAGAUAAUUAGCAACUCCUCACUUUUUAAAAAUUCUUUGAAAUGUAAUAAUAAGGCAUUGGCCAUGGCCCUUAGUACAGAAAAAGAAAAUUCUCGGUGGCUGAAAAGUGAAAAGUUGUUAUUACAAAAAGAAUUGGAUGGGUUGAAAUUGCAGAAUAUCUUACUUCGCCGAAAGCUAAGUUAUCUGAGCAAAACUCUGAAAGAAAUUCAAGCAUUCAUGAAUAAUAAAAUUUUAACUGCAAUUGAAUUAAGCACCUUUUCUGAGUGUAUUCCAAAACCUGUAACAAUGGAUGAUGCUCGGUGCAGCAAUUCUGGUCAUGAAUCCAAGCUUUCAAAAAAUCAAAUAAGACCUACUGAGCAAUAUUUGAUCACUCCUCAUAUUGUAGAAAGUGAUGGAGGGGGGAAAGGGAACUUGUUUGUAUGUGACACACAUGGUCCUUUUAAGCCGAUAUCUGUACUCUCAAAACAAGUUACAGCAGAUCAUAUGAACAUGCAGAUAUUACACCCUGAGCAAAUGCCAAAACGAAGCGAAAUAAAUAAAAUGGAAACAGAAUUUGCCACAAAUAUAUUUCCAGAAGAAAAGCAGUCUCAUAUGAAACAAAUCUCUAAUAAUACCUCUCUAGAUUAUGCAUCAUCUGCAGAUGAAUAUGAAUGUCAGUCAAAAGGACAUAAUAAUCCCUUUCCAAUCCAUGGAUGUAUAAGUGAAAGAAAGAAACAAACGUGCAUUUCAAGUAUUCACCCUAUUUUAAACAAUUUUGGUACCAAAAGAGAUAGUAACUGUAUAUUGCAUCUUUGCAUGGCCAGAGUUUGCAGUAAUGAUAUUGGUAAUCAGAGAGACCCAAAUGGUGUUUCACAUAUUGAAUUGACUUCCCAACCUAGCAGUAAACUUGUUUAUAUGAACAAAGAAGAUUUAAUAAAAAGUCAAAAAUCAGAGGAAACUAUAUAUGAUACUGAUAUGGAAUUAACUGCGAGCGAAUUGGGUGAAAUAGUUAUAAUUAAAUCUAGAGAUAAGAAACUUAAUAAGGUUAAAGCUGACAAAAUUUCAGGAAAUCUAAGAAAAGUAACAUUGGCAAGUACAGAAAAGCACAUUAAAAAAAAAAUAGCAAUGAACCAAAAAAAAAGUGAUCAAAAUGUUUCAAAAACCAUCCAAACCAUUAAAUCAAAGAAAAAAUUACCACUGAAAGUAGAAUUGUUUGAAAAGACAACAUCCUGGGAAAUGGAACUGAAAAAUGCCAAUGAAGAAGAUGGUGAAGAAGAUAAUAAAGACAUUAACAAAAAUUACAAGCACCUGCAUUUAAUAGAUCUCAACUGUCAACUGCAAACUACUAAUAUUUUAGAGUCAGAAAAAGAGGAAAAAAUAAUGUCUGAAACAGUAGAGGGAGUAAUUAGGAAGAAUCCAGCAGAAAAUUUCGAGGUAUCUACUAUACAUCCUACUUUAUUACAAGAUAGUAAAAUGGAAAGUUUGCUACCAUUGGCGAGCCCCAUAAUGGAUAAACAAGAAAAUUUAAACAUAAAUGAGAGUUAUCCUGAUACUUCCAAAAUCAACAGAUCAAACUAUUAUGAAAUGGAAAGCAUGCAGCAUUUAAGAAAUUUGAAAAGACUUGGCUCAGAGGAAUGCAGAUAUGACUGCCAAACAAAACAUGGUCAAAGAACCACUGUAAAAUGUGUAUGCAGCAGCAAAGAAGUUACUUGCAAACACAAUAUAACAGCAGAAGGAUCUACAGAUGCUUUAGAUGUUUCAAAGAUUUUGCAAAGUGACAAAAGAAGAAUUUUUGCAAAAGCUAGCCGGAAGACGUAUAUUAUAUAUCCAGGCUCUCAUAAUGAGAAAAAAAUGUAUGUGAAACAGAAAUUACACAAUCAAAAAUUAUAUGAUAAAAAUAUUCCACAUAAGGCAUCUGAAGAGGAAGAAAGAAUUUUCAGUGUUCAGAGAGUAAUUUCAUGUGCCCUAAAAGAUGCUGAAAUUUCUAAUGAAGCAAUAAAUGAAAAAGAAGGUUCCACAUCAAAGCCAAGCAGAAAAACUUAUUUUGUUUCUAUGCAUGAUCAAAAUAAAAAGGAGAAUAUCCCUGUUAUAAAUAAAUCUGAAAGGCAUAAUCAAGAAGAAAAUGAUUGUGACUUUACAAAGAAGGCAGACAUAAUUUAUGAAGAAUUGUGCAACAGAAAGCCAAUGCAAGAUUCUGGGAACAAGCCUCUUCAGGAAUUGACAAAUAUUGGUAUAAAUUCAAAUCCCAAAUCCAAGAAAGAUAUAGAAGAACAUUCUGAACCACCUGUUAGACUCAGACGAACAACAGUUUGCUACAAAGAACCCAGCAUCCAAAGCAAACUGAGGAGAAGAGAGGAUGCUACAAAGGACACAAUUCUUAAUUUUCCAGUCUUCAAAGUGAAAGAUAAGCAAAAUUUCAAGACUAAACCCAGAUUAAUCUAAAGGAAAUAUAUAGGAAACAAUGAUUUCUAUGAAUACACUAUCCUUUAAAUAGAUUUCAUAAUUUCUUUCUUAGUGAUUUCAUUUAUUUUCCUUUAAUUGUUCUCUUUAAUCUCUUACCAAGUUUCAAAAUGAAAUAAGCAAAGUAAGUAUGUAUUGGAAAACAUUUUGUUAUCAAUACAAAUUUAACCUUUUUUAAAGAUUGCAUAGCAUUUUCUGAAUUAAAAUGAUUUCAAAAGCUAUAAA